AUGGAAGACAACGGCCUCCGCCCCCUGAACCGGUACAUAACAACCCACGACGCCGACGGCGUAACCGGCUUCCAAGACCAGGUACCAGAUCCCUUGCAAUGGCAACAACUUGCCAACGGCGCGCGAUUCGCUCUCGGCUAUGCAACAAACACGAUUCCUGUCGAUCUUAGCGAGAACAAAGACCUCGACGUCUACGCAUCUUACCUCAAAGAUCUCCCGGGCGUCACAAUCCCCGGCGGCACCGUCCUCCGCGUCGUUGAUAUGAACCCCGGCUCGAUUUCGCCGAUGCAUCGAACUGUUAGCUUAGAUUACGGCGUAGUCCUUGAGGGCGAGGUUGAACUUGUCCUUGAUUCUGGGGCUACGCGGUUGUUGAAGCGCGGGGAUAUUGCUGUGCAGCGAGGGACGAACCAUGCGUGGAAGAAUCCGAGUAAGACCACUUGGGCGAGGAUGUUUUCAGCAUUCAUCCGCAUUGGUGCCCUACCGCGUGGCAAGGCCAAUAACAGCAUUUACUGCAGUCCCUACAGUUUCCUAGCUACUGUCGAACAGCCACCGUACUGUUCUCCUAUGCCGCAAUCUUAG